AUGCCAGAUGUGUCGAACAACGGGGAUCACAUGCCCAGGAUACAAUGCCCAGGUCAAGUGGCCUUCUGUGCGCAGCAUAGAUGGAGGCUCCGAGAGCGAGCGAUCUGGGGACCGUGUUUGGCGUCGGCCACUCUAUCAAGGUUGGUCAGCAAUGGACCGUUGCGAGCAUCGGAAUCGCUCCUCAUUGACGCAACUGUAGUCGUCGAACAGGAGUCUAUGACAAAGUCGACUGUCAGUAGCCUCGGGCCGACUACGGUCAACGCCGCACUGGAGAACAUAGAUCGUUGGUUGGAGACAGGCUAUGGCCGCCGACCUUUCUUCCAGGGACCAUUUGGUGUUUUAGACCUGCUGCAAACCACGUCGUCGCGCAAUCCCGAGGCUGUCGACGAUGUGCCUCGAAGCCAAGCUGACGGACAGACGCAGGACUGUGGCAAUCGAGGAAUUGUCGAGCGCUAUGCUGCCGAGAUGCAUCCCAUCGCCGACGAGUCAGUGCUCCCAGCGGCAAGCACCCAUCGGCAACUGUUCGAACCGCCUCCACCGUCCACUGUGGCUUCCCCCUGUGAUGAUAGACUCCAAGACGCCUUGAGCCCUCAUUCGCCCAUGAGCCGUUCGUCUGUUGGCUGGGAUAUGCGAGGAGCCGCACUGUCUCCCGACGUUCCGCCACGCGCUCUCGAUCUUCUCCGUCUCUUCAAGGCCAAUGCCCUUUCGUUCUCUUCGCCGUUGAGGGGUAGCCCAGAUUGUCCUUGGCAGACAAUCCAUCUCCCUGCGGCCAUGUCCACGUACGCGGAGGUACUGGUCACCCAGACGGCCAGUCACCACAGACUGUCCCUAUUCCAUUCGCUCGUUUCCGCCAGCUGCCUCUACGGUGGUGCGGAGCGCUUGCGAGAUACCAUGGACUGCGAGACGUCGCGUGUUUCGAGCCAACAGCUGGCCAAACAACACCUCAAGCUUGCCCUGGAGGAAGAGCGUACGGGCAGGCACCCAGUGAAAUACAAGGAACUUCUCAUGGCCAUACUUUCAAUGAUUUAUCUCGAGAUUCUGUCUGAAGACUACCACGAUGCGCAAAGGCUCUUGGUCGAAGCGGAGUGGUUGAUACGACGGCGGGGAUUCUCCAAGGCGCAAAGGUCGUGCGAGGCCCGGACUCUGCACCACAUCUACACCUGGCUGCGCAUCCUCGCAGAGAGCACCUGCGGCUGUGCCCUUGUCCGAGUUUGCCCGGCACGCCCGAACGCCAGUCUCGUCGCGGAUGGGAGACCAGCGCAGGCCCUUCGAAGCUUCCGGCUCCCGAGCACGGCCACGCUGAGCGAGCUCGACAUGGAGGUUGAGAAGACCGAUCCCGUCGGAUAUGAGGAUCUCCACCUCGAGGUGAUGGGCACGUGGAGCAGCAGUCUCUUCCACGGCAUGUACGGGAUCCCGGAGUCCCUGAUGGGCCUGUUGUCCCAGGCGAUUCGCGUGGCCAACGAGCAGGAACUGCUGGCGCGCGACACCCUGGCGGACGUGGAAUUCGUGACGCAUCUCAACCAACGGGCCAGGCGGUUGGAGCACCGCAUCUUGUCCUGGGACCAGAGACCGUCGCCGGCCAGCAGCGAACGCGACCGUGCACCUCCGCAGCCACCUGGCUACAACAGAUUUGCCAUGCACCAGAGUCUGAUACUCUUCUACUAUCGCCGCGUCCACAAUCUCAAUGCUCUUAUCUUGCAGGAGACCGUGCGCAAGGCAUUGCGCUUCAUCGAGCAGGCAUGUAGCUCGAACACCACCGAAGGGCACAAUUCGUCUCUACUAUGGUCCGGUUUCAUUGCGGCGUGUGAGGCCGUGGACAAAUCGUUACAAGUGCGGCUGCUGGACUGGCUGCACGUCAUGUUCCGCCGGACCGCGGUUGGCACUUUUGCUACUGCUGCAGACGUCGUGCAAAAGGUUUGGAAGGCACGGGAGGAGACCGGUGAUUAUACACUCAGCUGGUUUGAUGUCAUGGGGCAUGAUCGGUGCCCCAUUAUUGUAGUCUAG